GAAAUUUAUUGCUGCUGGUUCGUUUCUAAAACUUCACAGUUCGUAACACAGCUUUAUAAAACUAGUUAGACCACAUCUGGAGUGUUUCAUAUAGUUCUGGUCGCCCCCAUUCUCGGAAGGAUGUCGGGGCUUUGGAGAGGGCGGGGAAGAGUUUUACCAGGACACUGCCUGGAUUAGAGGGCAUGAGCUAUAACGAGAGAUUGGACGAACACAAAGUACACUGCUGAUGCUGUGGUCAAAUCAACACGUACACACACGCUGGAGGAACUCAGGACUGACGAAGGGUCUCGGCCCGAAACGUUGACUGCUCGUUUCUUCGGAUGCAGCCCGACCUGGUUGGACAAACUUGUGUUGUUUUCUCCGGAGCAGCGCAGGCUGGGGUGAGACUUGAUGGACGUUUAUAAGAUUACGAGAGGAAUAGACAGAGUGGACAGACGAUAUAUUUCUCCUGGGGGUUGAAAUGUCUAACACAUUUAAGGUGAGCGUCGAUGUGAGCGGCAAGUUUGCUUCUUUCCACAGAGUAGCGGGUAACUGGAUCUCUCUGGGGUGGGAGACCAAAACCGGUCACGUGAUGCAGUUUACCCCCCCCCCCCAAUUAAACCGUAGGUGGGCAACAUCGCGCUGCCGUUUCUGUGGCCCCGCCCUCCUGAUGACGUACCACACUUCGCGCAUGCUCACUGUCUCCGGGUGUGCGGUGUAUUCCUUAACGCUCGGUGCUGAAGUCUGCGGGAUCGAGAAAGGCUUCUCGUCUCGUAUAUCGGCGAGCCGGGGCUCUGGAUUACUGUCUCCGGGCUGAAGAUAUCACUUUCCUAAUGUUAGACCUGCAGUGAGAGAUUUAUUGGAAGAAAAACCCCAACUGGAGGAAAACCACGACUGAUGACGAGGGAGCAGCAACAAGUGAACCAACCUGAGGACUGGGAGCAUCAAUCAGAGAGAACCCAACUGACUCGGAGAUUCCAGUGAUUCAGUCAGGAGAAAUUUUGGCUAAAAACAAGGAAUUUAUCUACGGGAAUUUUGAACACAACAUGCCAAUUUUGCUGUCUCUGUCCAGAUAUUUAAGAAGUGGAGCAAGGGAUUCACUCGAUCAUCCUUCCUGCUCAGGCUGUGGGGAGGGAUUCACUUGGUCAUCUGACCGACUGGCAAAGCGGAAAUUUUACACGGGGAGAGGCCGUUCAUUUGCUCAGACUGUGAGAAUGGAUUCAGUGGGUCUUCUCAACUGAAUGUACAUCAGCAAGUUCACACUGGACAAGGCCAUUCACCUGUUCUGUGAGUGGGAAGGGAUUCAGUUGGUCUUCCCACCUGUGGACACACCAGUCAGUUCACACUGGGCAGAGGCUAGUCAUCUGCUGAAUUUGUGGGGAAGGAUUCACUCGGUCAUCUGACUUCAUGGCUCACCAGCGAGUUCACACUGGAGAGCGGCCUUUCACCUGCUCGGAAUGUGGGAAGGGAUUCACCUACUCAUCCCAACUGAAGAUACAUCAGCGAAUUCACACUGGAGAGAGGCCAUUCACCUGCUCAGACUGUGGGAAGGGAUUCACACAAUUAGCUGGCCUACAAGCACACCAGUCUGUUCACACUGGGGAGAGGCCGUUCACCUGCUCAGACUGUGGGAAGGGAUUCACUUCGUCAUCUCAACUGAAGGUACAUCAGCGAGUUCACACUGGGGAGAGGCCGUUCAACUGCUCAGACUGUGGAAAGGGAUUCACACAGUUAGCUAACCUACAAGCACACCAGUCAGUUCACACUGGGGAGAGGCGGUUCUCUUGCUCAGACUGUGGGAAGGGAUUCAAUUCAUCAUCUAAACUGAAAGUACAUCAGCGAGUUCACACUGGGGAGAGGCCAUUCACCUGCUCAGACUGUGGGAAGGGAUUCACACAGUUAGCUAACCUACAAGCACACCAGUCAGUUCACACUGGAGAGUGGCCGUUCAACUGCUUAGAAUGUGGGAAGGGGUUCAUUCGGUCAUCUCAACUGAAGGUACAUCAGCGAGUUCACACUGGGGAGAGGCCGUUCACCUGCUCAGACUGUGGGAAGGGAUUCACACAGUUAUCUGGCCUGCAAGCACACCAGUCAGUUCACACUGGCGAGAGGCCAUUCACCUGCUCAGUCUGUGGGAAGGGAUUCACUCUAUUAUCUUGCCUACUGACACACCAGUCAGUUCACACUGGAGAGUGGCCAUUCACCUGCUCAGACUGUGGGAAGGGAUUCACACAGUUAGCUAACCUACAAGCACACCAGUCAGUUCACACUGGAGAGUGGCCGUUCAACUGCUUAGAAUGUGGGAAGGGGUUCAUUCGGUCAUCUCAACUGAAGGUACAUCAGCGAGUUCACACUGGGGAGAGGCCGUUCACCUGCUCAGACUGUGGGAAGGGAUUCACACAGUUAUCUGGCCUGCAAGCACACCAGUCAGUUCACACUGGCGAGAGGCCAUUCACCUGCUCAGUCUGUGGGAAGGGAUUCACUCUAUUAUCUUGCCUACUGACACACCAGUCAGUUCACACUGGAGAGUGGCCAUUCACCUGCUCAGACUGUGGGAAGGGAUUCACUCGGUCAUUUCAACUGAAGGUACAUCAGCGAGUUCACACUGGGGAGAGGCCAUUCACCUGCUUGGACUGUGGGAAGGGAUUCACUCAAUCAUCUCAAUUGAAGGUACAUGAGCGAAUUCACACAGGUGAGAGGCCAUUCACCUGCUCAGACUGUGGGAAGGGAUUCACUCGGUCAUCUCGCCUACUGACACACCAGUUAGUUCACACUGGAGAGAGGCUGUUAACCUCCUGUUAAUGUGGGAAUGUAUUCACUCAGUCAUCUAACCUUAUGUAACUCUCACUCCGGCUAGCAGCUUAAUAUAGGGGGUGAUAGCCCCCUAGCUCGGCCAAAUGUGUGUGGAUGCUGCGCCACGUCCCCUGUUACAAAUCAAUACCCCAAAAUAACAAACAGUACACAAGAUGUGAUUCAUAAUUCUUACUUUGACUAUAGGGUUAGUAAAGUAAAAAAAAAGGGCCCACUCUCCCCAUUUGUGGCUUCUCAUCUCUCCACAGCAAAAGCCCAUGAAAUUCUCUCAUUCAGACUCACAAGAAAGAACAUUUCUGUCAUUGGAUAGCCCAGCACUCCAAAUCCCUGUUAUCUCUAGUUGUAUCCUAAACAUUGCUGCUGCAGAGAAACCACUACCUCAGCAGUGAAACCUUACAGUGUGUUACACUUACAACACACUACCGGGUUCACACAGGGGAGAGAGUUUCAAUAAGCUUCAUGCUGGAUAUUUGUCCAUCACCAUUGCUGAAUGCUAUUUUGAGAGUGAUUGUAAGUGUUGAACUCUGCAAUUAUUGCUGCUGCUCACCACACCCAGUUCUGCACCUUGGUCACUGGGCAUGGGAGGAGUUUCCUCUGCUGCAUAUUCACCUUUAAUGGGACUAGAUCUGUGACAAAUGAAUCAGUUCUAUCUUAAGCACUGUCUCUGUUACUUAGUGAAUUUAUAACACACCUAGUGUACAGUAGAGAGUCAACUCAGGCCGGCUGAACCCUGCCAGUGAUUCUGUUCCACAACAGAUCUUUCAAAUCCUCCCGUUGUUCACCUCUCACUCUCCCUGGGAUGAGGUCCAAAUAGUCAUCACUCUGUGGGUGAAUAUGUUUCCCUUGAAUUUCUUGCAGACUGAAGAAGUCGAGCUGACUGCGCAUCUGUCUGAGAUGUUCUUUGCCCCUCUAAUCUCUGGGCUGAGGAAGAAUGACAUUGGGAGUUAACCUCCUUAAUCACGACUCAUGUCCACAUUAUGUGUCACUUUCCCCACUUCUAAAAUGUUGUUAGCGAACACCACUGUCCUCUAAAGACUGAAAGCAGAGUGGGAAGUCAUCAAUUGGAUUUUCAAUGAAGCUGGGUCAGAAACCAGAGGCAGGUCUGCACAGAGCAGAAUUUGGGGCCCUGGACGAUGUUCGGGGUAAGAACGUAUGAUGAGGAGAGGGGAUUCAGCAACAGGGCAUGUCAACGAAUGACAUUUGGAAGCAUAUUGACAGAGAAAGUAAUUAGGUUAUCUGACUGACGACACAAACACUACCUGUGGUGAGGUGUUCCACUGAUUGAGGAACAUGUGUGUUAGGAAUGGUUUUAUCUAUUGGGGGAGUUAUUCCUGCUUGUUUAUCCUGUAAUAUUAUAAACAGAUGGAUUGACCUAUCUGAAAUAAUGUAUUGAUGAUCAUAUAAUUUGCAAGAUUUUGGCUCUAAAACUGGAUCAGGCUUGAAUUUAUGGUGUUUUCAUGAGGUGAUGGAGGGCAUUCAUGAGUUUGUAUUUUAAAGCAAGAUUUUGGUGAAUGAUAUUUGCCACUUGAUUGUACCUGCGUAAGUAAUCAGAUUGAGUUAAACUGCUGCAGGAUCCUAGAAUGUGUUGGACUGUGUCUGGUUUCUCUUGGCCUUUUCUGCACUUACUGCUUUGUUUGUUUGUAUUUCAUGAAGUUUCGAUUUGUUUUACUUUUGUUACCCACCUCGUCCUGUAUUUCCGCAAGGAACUCCUCUGUUUCUGGGAAGAAGUCUCCAACUCUCAGUCAGGUGAUCGAUGCUUCCUUGUCACCAUCUCGUCUGCUCAGAUCAUUGGGAUGUCUCCCAUGGAGGGUCAUACACAUUUCACUGGUUAAUGUUUUCUUCCAGAGUGAUGAUUUAAUUUUCUGAGCCAGCUUGUCAUUUAAGUUUUAUGGUCUGUAUUUCUUAUCAUAAUUGCAUAUACACACAUGGAGUCAGUUCAGUUCCUCCGCCAUAUCCUUAUCUCCAUUUACAAUUUCUCCAACAUCAUUUUCUUUCGGUCCUAUAUCUACCUAACCUGUUUUUUACUCAUUAUAUACUUGAAAAAGAUUUUAGUAUCCUUUUUGAUAUUAUUUGCUAUCUUUCUUUCAUAGUUCUUCUUUUCUCUAUUAAUGACCAUACUUUUCUUUCGUAAGUUUUUAAAAAAACUUCCCAAUCCUCUGUCUUCACACUAAGUUUUGCUUCCUUGUAUGCCCUCUGCUUUGCUUUUACUUUGGCUUUGACUUCUCUUGUCAGCCACGGUUACAUCCUUUAUCCAUUCGAAAACUUAGUUUUCUUUGGAAUAUAUCUGUCUUGCACUUUCCUCACUUCUCGCAUAAACUCCAGCCACUGCUGCUCUGCCGUCCUCCCUGCUAGUGUCCCUUUCCAGUCAACCUUGGCCAGUUCCUCUCUCAUGCUACUGUAAUUUCCUUUACUCCACUGAAAUACUGACACAUCUGAUUUUGGCUUCUCUUUCUCAAAUUUCACAGUGUACUCAAUCAUGUUGCCAUCACUAAGGGUUCCUUCACUUCCAUCUCUCUAAUUACCUCUGUUUCAUCACACAAUACCCAAUCCAGUACAGCCGAUCCCCUAGUGGGCUCAACAACAAGCUGUUCUAAAAAGCCAUCUCGUAGACAUUCUAGAAAUUCUCUCUCUUGAGAUCCAGUGCAGAACUGAUUUUCCCAAUCCACUCUUCCAGUAGCGAUCUGAUUUUUCCAAUGAUUUUCCUUGCUUUUGACCCCUUGUCAAAAGUUCUGCUAAUGUGAAUAGAUCAGUGAGUAAAAGACGACCUGAUUUCCAAAAGGCAUAAAGUUAGAGAUGACACAUUUCUUUAAUAUUUAAGCAAGAUUACAUUUUUAUUUCAAUCUAUUACAGUUUCAAAAUAACAAAAAAAGGAAAAGGGCCAGAAGCAAAUGUUUGGGCGCCCUACAUUUUCAGUAGCACCCCCUUUGGCAAGUAUCACAGCUUGCAGACACUUUUUGUAGCCAGCCAAGAGUCUUUCAAUUCUUGUUUGGGCAAAUUUCUGGGUUCAGACAUUAGUAGCAAUGUACUAACUGUGGAAAUUACAAACCACAAUAUUAUUAGAAUCACAGAGCCAAGCAGCAAUGAAACAGGCCUAUCAGCCCUUCUAGUCAAUGCUGACCUGUUUUUGUUGUUACUGCCCAUUUCCAACUACCUGCAUCAGAGCCUCCAUACACCUCCCACCCACGUCCUCACCCAAAUCCCUCUUUAGUGUCUAAAUCAAACCCACAUCCUCCACAUCCACUGGCAGCUCAUUCCACACUCUCACCAACCUCUUCACCAAAGUGAAGAAUUCCCCUUCAGAUUCCCUGAAAAUAAUUCACUUUCACACGGAACUUAUGUGAAAUGUCAGGAUGAGAGGGUGGACGGGGCAGAGAGGGAAGACAGUAAAGGGAGGGGUGGUUGAGUGUGGAGAGGGAAACAGAGCGGAGUGUUUAUACUUAAUAUUUUUUGAGAAAAAUUAAUUGUUUUAACUUGCUGCAAACCUACUCUCCAUAUCCUGUAUAUUCUUAACCAGAUUACUGAUCCAGAUGACAAGUAGCAAUGGUUGAUGUUCAAAGUAAAUUUUAUUAUCAGAGUACAUAACUUUUAUAUAGUCAGAUACCACAUAAAACCCUGAGAUAGUUUUUCCUACAAGAAUACUUAGCAAAUCUUUAGAGUAGUAACAUGAUCAAUGAAAGAUCAAGUAGAGCACAGAAUUCAACCAACUAUGCAAAUGCAAAUAUAAUUAAAUAUCAAUGAAUAAUGAGAGCAAUGGGGUGUAACCCUGGGGAACCUCACUGGGCUCGGGCCUCGAGUCCAAUAAACAGCCUCUCACCAUCACUCUCUGCUUCCUACCAUCAAGACAUCUGUGCAUCCAGUUAACCAGCUCUCCCUGGACCCCGUGUGAUCUAACUUUCGACAGCAACUUACCAUGCUGAACCGUAUGAAAGAACUCACUGAUGCCCAUAUCGGCCACGAUCCUGGGUCAGAGAUGUCACCGAUCAGAGGGCAUAGAUUUAAGCAGAGGAUGAAGAGGUUUAGAGGGAUCUGAGGAAGAGAUUUCUCACUCAGAGGGCAGCUGAAAUCUGGAACUCACUGCCCGAGGUUGUGGUGGAGGCAGGUCCCUUCACAACAUUUACGAAGAGGAUGAGCAUUGAAACUGCCGAGAUACAGUCGGCUGUGAACCAAGUGCUGAUAAACGGGACCAGUGUAGACAGUGAGUGGAUGGUCAGAACAGGUAUGGCCGGCCAAAGGCCUGUUUCCGUGCUGUGUGAUCCACCACUCCGGGCAUGGUAAAUUAACGAUGGUGGCACCGCAAGGCAUUGAUUUCAAAAAUCCACACCCCUCCUCAACCUAAAAUAAACCAGACUGCAACCUUUGUCACCACUGGGAGUAUCUGUUUCUGUCAAUCUAACAUAGAGAUUGAUCACUUCUGCUAAACAACUGGCAAUUGAUGAAGUUCCUGUGUCUUCUUCCAUUACUGUUGCCGGCAUACAGCAAAACUAACCCUCUCACUAUGACAGAAUCAGUGAUUAAAUCCGGCCCCAAACACUGUGAUUUCAUCCCUGCACAUUGUAACUUGAACGAUCUCACUGACGGUCUGAUGGAGACACAAACCCUGCCCUCUGCACAUGUGAUCACAUCUCCCCUGCUUCUGACAUUUCAAAUACCCUCAGAAUGGUUUUCUGAUUCAGUCUGAAGGUUAUGGUACAUUCAGCUCGUCGUCAGACCUGACAAACCAUGUCUUCCCACAGCUGGUUCCACCUGUUUGUGUGUCCUCUUUCCUCCACCUCCAGGGAAGCUGCAUCUCCACCAAACUCCUCACUUCAGACGACUGUCUAUAUCCGUGACACAGGAAAUCACAUCUCUGUCACUCUCCUGAUACGGUAUCUGACCUGCUCACCUCCGGGUCUCCUCCCUCACCAAGCUCCUUCCUCAGUCACUAUCUGUGAGAUUAUAUAAAAACACAAUUACUGUAAAACGAUCUAUCAGACAGCUCCUGUACCCCUCCACCCCGGACGAUGGUUUGCUGAUUAAAACUCUCUCUCCUCAGCCCGUUCCCUAUUCCCUUUCCCUUUGCAAACUCCAGCUAUGCCAGCUGAUCCGAAUCCACUGUGAGGACAUUUAUAUCUCACAGGAGGAUGUAGAAACCCGUGUCGUUCUCUGAUACAGAGGUCACUGACACCCCACCGCCAUCCCAGUCUGCACCAACAGCCCAUGACGGUGACAGCUCUGCCAGACACUGGGGCUUUGUAACAAACACAAUAUUAGCAGCAAGAUUAGACAGUAAUUCAUUUGCAGAGAGAAUUGCUGCUUCCUAAAAGGACACGCGAGCGUCCGAUACAACGGAGCAGAUCCUCCCCUGUUUACAACUUUAUUUGACCCGGGUCACGGAACGUCCGAUCAUCCCACUUUCUCACAACAGCAACCUCACCCCGCAUCCCCCCCCUCGAAUACGGUCCCCCAAAACGUCACUCCUCUCACCCCACACCCACAGUCCACCCAUAACCUCUACCCACACACACAGAGACAGAUACCUUUCACCCCAUAUCCCUCCUCGCCUGGGAACCACAACUAGCUGAUCCCACAGCCCGGGCUCGGGCGCAAAGCUAAAACCGGGGCUGCGGGACCGGAGAGCCCGGAGCCUCCAGCCGUCCGGCAGAGCUCGUUCCCGACACUUUUCAUAGAAACAUGGAAAACCUACAGCACAAUACAGGCUCUUCGGCCCACAAAGUUGUUCUUCCACGGCAGCCCCCGAAUUCCACAAACCCGAGAUCAGUACCAUCUUCACGGAAUCCUGAACAGAAGAACCGCCGGCGACAGCUACGGUCGGCCCUGCGCCUGCGUUUAGCAGGAGGUUCUGGGCUGCACCAGCCGUGGCCAGAUGUCCCUAUCGGGGGACCAGUAGCCGGAGGCGGGAGGGACAACGGAGAGGUAAAUCACAAACAAGACAAAGUCUACAGAUGCUGGAAAUUCAGAGCUACACGAACAAAAUGCUGGAGGAACUCAGCAGGCCGGGCAGCAUCUAUCGGAAAGAGUCAACAGUCGACGUUUCCAGUUGAACCCUCCUUCAGCACUGAGAUGGGAUGGGAGAAAUAUCUGAAUAAAAUCGGAGCGGGCGAGGAAAUGUCUCGCUGGAAGGUGACAGGUGAAGCCAGGUAGGUGGGAAACCUCAAGAGCAGAAGAAAAUAGAGUCUAAUAGGAGAGGAGAGUGGAGAAUAGGAGAAAGGGAUGGAGCAGUGGAUCCAGAGAGAAGUGAUAAGCAGGAGAGAGGACGUGAAAAGUCAGAGAGGGAGUGGGAGGGAGGGGUGUGAGG